UGGCUACACACGUUAUAUAAGCUGAUAUGUCAUUUGAUUACGAGCCUUGAACCGACGCGGAACGUCAAGGAGUCUUUUGCCAUUCUACCACCACCACCACCUUCCAUUGUUUAUUUGGGCCUCAUCACCGCCAGUAUCGACGAAGAAGUCCCAUCCAAUCUUUCAUACUUCCAAGGUUCAUGUCGUCUCCGUCAACAUUUAAUUAUCACCGACGAUCUCUCUCAACUUCUUCGCCCUCGCCCUCGCCCGUUCCAAAAAGUCUUUGGCGUCCAGCAAGCAAACGAGUUCGCUCAUCAUGCAAUAGUCCUGCUCUUCCAGAUUCCGCAUCCCCCCAAACACGUAAUUUCGACUUCUGGCGGACGGGCAAGAGACUCCGCAGAGAUAUAUCCGUUCGUGCCGAUGACAUCUCUAGCGUCUAUCCUAGGGUCACUAACUAUCUUGUGGAUUUUCAGCCCCCUUCCUUGACAUAUACCACUGGGUCGUCUACCCCGGCGUCGACGGAUAGCCACAGUUCCGGACUCAGCUCUUCUGCUCCCCACACACCACUAUUCGCUACUACUCCAGAAGAUUUUCUCCUGUUCCCUGGCCGCUCGAGUCCUAGAGAAACCGUGUCUGAGAAGUCAAGCUCCACAAACCUUGUCGGCAUCCGGGACUCGCACUCUGAUAUUUCCGAGGCUGAUGCUACUCGCCUCAGGUCGGAUGCAUUUUGGGAACUCCGCAGAAGUAUUGCCGUAAGCGGGGAAGGCCUUGUAAAACGGAUGCGUGAUUUUGAGCAUUCCCGUUCAAAAUCGGGUAUAUACAAGCGCGCUAGAACCGUCGACAGACAAAGAACCAAGAAGCGGCAUUCCCCUAGUGUCCCCGUGACCAGAUCUGUCAGAAGGUCUAACAGCUCUGAUAGUGACGAGGAUGAUAUCCAAAUAUACUCGGGAGAGCUUUGCGGUCUCCCCAUCUCCCGUCAAAAGCGUGCAUCUAGCCUUGGGCCCGUGGACAUGGACGAUGACGAGAUGCAGUCUAGUCCUUUAUUAGAAUAUGAGGAUCAAGCAUCCACCCGUUCUUCGUCCUCCAACGACGAUGCAGACAAUCUUUCCCGCCGCUCCUUUAACAGCACAUUUUCCCCUGACACAUUGCAUUCAACAUCAUCAUCUCCAGCAUAUAAAUAUUCUGCUUAUACCACGGCAUUUAGUCCACCUCUAUCUGGCCCUUCAUUCAGCUCUCCAGCUUGUUCCUCUGAGGCACCACGUUCCAGUCCUAUGCAAAAUUCGAUCUUUCUAUCGUCUCAUCCCACUGCCGUAUCCUUUGCAUCCAGCCAAGAAGAUGUGUCUCUGAACUCCUCUGCCUCGCGGACUGAAAAGGCCAUUGCGGCUCUUAGUCUGGCAAUAGCCAACGGUGCAGCAGGUUUAGGCGACUACGAUGCCCUUCGUGAUAUCCCUUCUGUCAUGAUAGACUCUCAAGUGGGCGAGCUGUGGCACUAGCUGACGCAUCGGCCCCUACAACCACAAUUAUCAAGAUCUCAUCUUUCCAAAGUCUUUGAUUAUGCCUCAUUUCCAUAUGAUAGUAUUCGCAUGCACCUCCGUCUGGACUCGAUCCAAAAUCCCUGUUUCUUUUUAACAGCAAUAUUUUUCCCAAUGCACACACGCUAAUACCGCAGUCACGGUUUUGCAGGUUUCUUUGCCAUUGAAGUA